CUUUUUGGAAAGAAUAAAAGGGUAAGAAGAAAGGAAGAGGAAAGGAGAAGGGAAGAUAGGGAUUCUUUUGUUGCAGAAGAAAGGAUAAUAAUUUAGUGGACAAGUGUGAAAUCUUGAAGGUUUCAGAACAGGAAUAUAAUAUUAUAUGCUCCUUAAGAAGAUUAAUUUGGGAGUACUUUGCAGGAUGCAUUGGAGGGAAGGUAAUAAAUGCAUUGGAGAGAAGGUGACUAAACCAGCUAAAAAGCUUAGUCAAAGACAAGGGGUAUCAAGCACCUGAUGAAUCCUAAUGGUAAGAAGAAUGAAAAGGUGGGAGUGCAGGCAAGAACAAUUACAAAACAGAAUAUGUAAAACUUGCCAGAAUGACUGGGUGGGAAGGGAAGAGUCAUAGAUAACUAAAUCCAAGUUUUCAGUGAAUUGAAGUGAAUGAAAGAAAUGUGAUUCUGGGAACAAACAUAGUAAAGUCAGGAUGAAGAGCCUGGUUUGACAGGGAAAGAAGUGAGUCCAUUCUUGGACACACUGGACACAGAGCUCCGAAAUGGAUGCUUCAGAAUUUAAAUCAAAGGAGCUUGGCUAUAAGAAGGAAUUCACAUGCUUGGAAAUGAAUGAAAUGUAGUGUAGGAGCUGAGGAAGAUGGUCAGGACUGGAGAUGUGAGAUUGGGAGAUACCUGAGUGGAAGUGAAGGUUGAACUUUAUGGAAGAGAAUGGGUGGGAGUACAAGCACUUCUGUCCACAGCAGUGCAGGACGGUGGAUGGGGGCCUGCACAUGUUACUGAUUUUUUUCUAUACAGUCUGCAGCACUACUACUACAGAUGGAAGGACACAGUGAAGAACAAUUGCUGGAGCAGACAGAGCUACAGUGCUUAGGAGCUUCCAUGGUCUGAACUUAACUACCGACUGAUGAAAAAGCAACUAACCAUGAAGAGAAAUACUAUCAAUACACAGCACUCUUUUGUAAACAUUCCCAAUGUGGUUGUACCAGAAAUUGAAAAGGAAAUAAGAAGGAUGGAAAACGGAGCAUGCAGCUCCUUUUCUGAAGAUGAUGACAGUGCCUCUAUAUUUGAAGAAUCAGAGAGUGAAACCCCCCGCACAAGUGAUUCCUUUAGAAAUAAUUCACACAGAAGGGGGCGAUCAUCACAGAGGGAGCAGAACCUGCCUGGUACCAUUGCACUUUUCAACAUUAACAACAGCAGCAAUAAGGAGAAAGAACCAAAGGGAAAAAAGAAAAAAGAAAAGAAGAGCAAGUCAGAUGGUAAAAGUGAAAACAAAAAAGACUCUGAGAAGAAAAAGAAGAAAGAGAAAGAGAAAGAGAAGAAAAAGAAAGAGGAGGGAGGCAAAGAUAAGAGAGAGGAGGUGAAGAAAGAAAUCAAGGUUAUCGAUCCUUCAGGAAACAUAUAUUACCAGUGGCUGUUUUGCAUCACCUUACCUGUUAUGUACAACUGGACAAUGAUUAUUGCAAGAGCGUGUUUUGAUGAACUUCAGUCUGAUUACCUAGAAUACUGGCUCAUUUUUGAUUACUUAUCAGAUAUAGUCUAUCUUCUCGAUAUGUUUGUACGAACAAGAACAGGAGAAGGCCCUGUUGAAAGGAGUACCAUAUAUACACCCACAGGUUCUGAUCACUGCAGCUGGUUCUGCAGGAUGUUACUAGGCAACCUUUUGAAUGUGGAUUGGUGGUUUUUCUUCAUUAUCCUGUUCACUGGGUUUAUGCCAGGCAAGAGGAAUAAAGAGAACAGAAAUAUUCCACCAGCUCUGUGGGGAAAGGGUUACCUAGAGCAAGGAUUGCUGGUGAAGGAAAAGCAUAAACUUAUAGAGAUAUAUAAAUCAAGCUUGCAAUUUAAACUUGAUGCUCUAUCAGUGGUACCAACUGAUCUUCUGUAUUUUAUUCUGGGAUGGAGCUAUCCAGAAAUUAGAUUAAACAGACUGUUACGGAUCUCUCGAAUGUUUGAGUUCUUCCAGAGAACAGAAACAAGGACAAACUACCCAAAUAUGUUCAGGAUUUCUAACCUUGUUAUGUAUAUUAUCAUCAUUAUCCACUGGAAUGCAUGUGUAUACUACUCUAUUUCUAAAGCUAUUGGAUUUGGAAAUGAUACGUGGGUCUAUCCUGAUGUUAACGAUCCUGAAUUUGGCCGUUUGGCUAGAAAAUAUGUAUACAGCCUUUACUGGUCUACACUGACUUUGACCACCAUUGGUGAAACACCACCUCCUGUGAAGGAUUCUGAAUAUGUUUUUGUAGUGGUUGAUUUCUUAAUUGGAGUGUUAAUUUUUGCUACGAUCGUUGGUAACAUAGGUUCUAUGAUUUCCAACAUGAAUGCAGCCAGAGCAGAAUUUCAAGCAAGAAUUGAUGCCAUCAAGCAAUAUAUGCAUUUUCGAAAUGUAAGCAGAGAUAUGGAAAAGAGAGUUAUUAAAUGGUUUGAUUAUCUGUGGACCAACAAAAAAACAGUUGAUGAGAGAGAAGUCUUGAAGUAUCUACCUGAUAAACUAAGAGCAGAGAUUGCCAUCAGUGUUCAUUUAGACACAUUAAAAAAGGUGCGCAUUUUUGCAGACUGUGAAGCUGGUCUAUUGGUGGAGUUGGUCUUGAAAUUACAACCCCAAGUCUACAGUCCUGGAGAUUACAUUUGCAAGAAAGGGGAUAUUGGACGAGAGAUGUAUAUCAUCAAGGAAGGCAAACUCGCUGUUGUGGCAGAUGAUGGAAUCACUCAGUUUGUGGUAUUGAGUGAUGGCAGCUACUUUGGUGAGAUCAGCAUCCUUAACAUUAAAGGUAGCAAAGCUGGCAAUCGAAGAACGGCCAAUAUUAAAAGCAUUGGCUACUCAGAUCUGUUCUGUCUGUCAAAAGAUGACCUCAUGGAGGCUCUAACUGAGUACCCAGAUGCCAAAAGUAUGCUAGAAGAGAAAGGGAAGCAAAUCUUAAUGAAAGAUGGUCUAUUGGAUAUAAACAUUGCAAAUGCUGGAAGUGAUCCUAAAGAUCUAGAAGAGAAGGUUAUCCGAAUGGAGGGGUCAGUAGACCUCCUGCAAACAAGGUUUGCUCGGAUCCUGGCUGAGUAUGAGUCAGUGCAGCAGAAACUGAAGCAAAGACUAACCAAGGUUGAGAAAUUUCUGAAACCACUUACUGAUACAGAAUUUUCAGCUAUUGAAGGAUUUGGAGUUGAGAGUGGGCCCCCACACUCUACACAGGACUGAAAAGCUGGUUAUUAACCAGGACAUGCCUCAUGGUCCUUUUGAUGAUGCUAUUGAAGCUAUUGUAUGUUGGAAGAAGAGGAAUAUUCAGUUGGAGAAUUUUCCAUAAGGAAAAUGUGCUAUAGUGCAAGGCAAGAGGCCCACACACUCAUGUGUGAGGUAGUUUGGAUUAAAGAAUCAUCACUCUUAGGAUUUUUCACAAUGAAUAAUGUGCAAAGAUACAAACUGAUUAACAGUAUCUGUAUCUACUGAUAUUUUUUCAGUUACGUUUCUUUUAUAUAAUAUUCUUUAUAAAAGUGGACAAGUGUCUCUCACUUUCAGGCAAUUUACAUUGUUGAGAAGCAAUUGGGAAUUACUAUGUACAUUGUGUUUGGGAUACCAUUUAAAAAGAAUUAGAAUACAAUAAAGUAAAAUAAAUCUUAAAACUUUAAUGAAUACUAUUUAUUUGGCAAUUUAGUAGGGAGUUUAGGAUCUUAUAGAGCUUCAGGUCAUGUCGAGGACAUUUAUCAUUGUACUCCAGGAGUUAGGAAGGGUAGUCAAGAGAAACUUUUUACUGAUAAAAGCAUGACAUUACUAUACAAAUAUAUGCAUAGUAAUAUUUUAUCAUGUUAAUACUACAUAUGUAUGUAGCAUUAACAUCAUAAAAUGUUGUAGGAAUAUUUUAUAAUAAAUUCUUAAAAUUCUCUCAUUAUUAAGGUCUGACAAUGUUGGCUACUGUCUUCCUUCUCUGACAAGCUAGCAAUAAGAAAAAGGGAUAGAGGUAACACUAUUGUGGGUGAUUAACAAAGGUAAUUAUUGCAGUGUUAGAAAAGAGACCUGAAAGUUUUAUGAACCUCCAUGAGAUUUUUAGAAAUUCAGAAUCUCAGUCACUACUUCAGACCUACUGUAUCAGAAUCUGCAUUUUAAGCAAGACCCCUGGGUAAUUCAUGUUCACAUUAAAGCUUGAGGAGCAUCUAGCUAAUGUAUGGGAUAAAUAAGAAAGAUGGUUCUAGAAAUGAGAACUAUAUGCCAAGUGUAUGGCCGUGCAAAACAUUGUUGAUCAAUCAUAAAACUGUCUAUUGUUAAAUCUAAAUGUGGUUCAAAAAAUUCUUCUUAACACAGAUCACUGGAAUUGAUAUGAAUUUCUAUUCCUGCUUAUAACAAUAUGACUUAACAUGGCUUCUUGUGAAUUUAGCAUGUGAGGUAUUUAUAUGGACCUCAGUCAGCAUAUUAGUAGAAUUUAUUCUACUCUAUGAAUAGAAUAUCUAUUGAAG